AUGGCGCUGCCGCUGGGUGAGGGCGUGGGCGGGAGCCGGCUGCGGCGGCAGCUGGAGUCGGGGGGCUUCGCGGCGGCCGAGUACGUGAAGCAGCUGUCGCAGCAGUCGGACGGGGACCGGGACCUGCAGGAGCACCGGCAGCGCAUCCAGGCGCUGAGCGAGGAGACGGCGCAGAGCCUCAAGCGCAACGUCUACCAGAACUACCGCCAGUUCAUCGAGACGGCGCGCGAGAUCAGCUACCUGGAGAGCGAGAUGUACCAGCUCAGCCACAUCCUCACCGAGCAGAAGGGCAUCAUGGAGGCCGUCACCCAGGCCCUGCUGCUGCAGGCCGACCGCGACGACCCCGCCCUGGGCGCCCGCCGCGCCGCCGCCGACCCCCACAGCAACCCCUUCCUUCCCCUCUCGGCCAAGGAGGCCGCCGCCAGCGAGGAGGGGCGGCAGCGCACGCUCACCACCCUGCUGGAGAAGGUGGAGGGCUGCCGGGACCUGCUCCCCGAGAGCCCCGGCAAGUACCUCGUCUACAACGGGGAUCUGGUGGAGUACGACGCCGACCACAUGGCACAGAUCCAGCGGGUGCACGCCUUCCUCAUGAACGACUGCCUGCUGGUGGCCACCUGGCUGCCCAACCGGCGUGGCGCCUACCGCUACGACGCCCUCUACCCCCUGGAAGGGUUGGCUGUGAUCAAUGUCAAGGACAAUCCACCCAUGAAGGACAUGUUCAAGCUGCUCAUGUUUCCCGAGAGCCGCAUCUUCCAGGCCGAGAAUGCCAAGAUCAAGAAGGAGUGGCUGGAGGUGCUGGAGGAGACCAAGCGGAACCGCGCCCUCAGUGAGAAGCUGAGGCUGGAGCAGGAGGCCCUGCCACGGGCUGCUCCCCCACCUCCUGAGACCGCCAAUCCCUUUGACCAAGAAGAUGAAAAGGAACCCCCACCUGAGGAAGAGACAGUAGAUUUGUCUCUGGAGUGGAUCCAGGAGUUGCCUGAAGACCUAGAUGUCUGCAUUGCCCAGAGAGAUUUUGAGGGGGCGGUGGACCUGUUGGAUAAGCUGAAUGAGUAUUUGGGAUACAAGGCCGUGAGCCAGCCAGUGAGGGAGCUUCGAGCCAAGGUAGAUGAGCGAGUCAGGCAGCUCACGGAUGUGCUGGUGUUUGAGUUAUCUCCAGAUCGGUCAUUACGAGGUGGUCCUAGGGCCACUCGCCGGGCUGUGUCCCAGCUCAUUCGCUUGGGCCAGUCCACCAAGGCAUGUGAGCUUUUCUUGAAGAACAGGGCAGCUGCGGUACACACAGCCAUCCGUCAACUGCGCAUUGAGGGUGCCACUCUGCUCUACAUCCACAAGCUUUGCCAUGUCUUUUUUACCAGCCUGCUAGAAACUGCCAGGGAGUUUGAGACAGACUUUGCUGGCAACAGUGGCUGCUACUCUGCCUUCAUUGUGUGGGCCCGCUCAGCUAUGAGGAUGUUUGUAGAUGCCUUUAGCAAGCAAGUAUUCGACAGUAAAGAGAGCUUGUCCACGGCUGCUGAGUGUGUGAAGGUAGCGAAGGAGCACUGCAAGCAGCUCAGCGAGAUUGGGCUGGACCUCACAUUCAUCAUUCAUGCCUUGCUGGUGAAGGAUAUCAAAGGAGCUUUGCAGAGCUACAAGGAUAUCAUCAUUGAGGCCACCAAGCAUCGCAACUCUGAAGAGAUGUGGAGAAGGAUGAACCUGAUGACCCCAGAGGCCCUGGGGAAACUCAGAGAGGAGAUGAGGAGCUGUGGGAUGAGCAGUUUUGACCAAUACACUGGUGAUGACUGCUGGGUGAACCUUAGCUACACUGUGGUGGCUUUUACCAAGCAGACUAUGGCCUUCUUGGAGGAAGCACUCAAGCUGUAUUUCCCAGAGCUGCACAUGGUUCUCCUGGAAAGCCUAGUAGAGAUCAUCCUUGUGGCUGUCCAGCAUGUUGAUUACAGUUUACGGUGUGAACAGGACCCUGAAAAGAAAGCAUUCAUCAGGCAGAAUGCAUCUUUUCUUUAUGAAACUGUCCUUCCUGUUGUGGAGAAAAGGUUUGAGGAAGGGGUUGGAAAGCCAGCUAAGCAACUACAGGAGCUGAGAAAUGCUUCAAGACUGAUGCGUGUAAAUCCUGAAAGUACAACUUCUGUAGUAUAAAUGAAACCUGUGUGUUCUCUUCAAAAGUCUAUCAAUAAUGUUGUCUAUGAAGAUAUAUUUUGUAAAUCUUUUCCAAAUCCCUGAAAGCUGCAAAAUUCCACCUGCAACCUUGUUUUAGCUAAAGACCCAUGAACCAAAUCUGAAGACAAGGAAGGGAAAGAAAAAUUAAAUAAUUAAGGGAAAAAAGCAUUGGGGUCAGAUAAUCUUAUAUUGCAUGUCUCCUUUCCCCAUUAAUGGCCUCUGUUGUGAUGUUUUACGUUCUGCUUUGGGACGAAUAAAAUGUUAGUGAAAUAUC